GGUAAAAUUGAUUUAAAUUAUGAAGAAGUGUUUAUUUUUUAUUAAAAACUACUUUGAAUUUAUUUCGUUAAGUGGCUUAAGCAACAUUGCAAUAUUAUUACUUUAUUAUGCAUACUCUCAGUACUUCUCUCAUGCACCCCUUUAUCGUAAGCCUCUGCUCUACUAUAUAAAUGACGCUGGUGCAUCAUUCGCGAUAUUCGUUUACUGAACGCCGCGUCGUGAACUUCGAUCGCUUCGGUCAGCUGUAGUACAAUAGUAAAAUAAUACUAUAUAGAAAUCUAUUUGUGUUUAUGUGUGUCUGUGUAAGAGCUUUGUGUUCGCAUUGAAUAACUAACUUUUAAUUGGGAUCGUACUUUAAAGAACCAUAAAAACUUCUUUCGCUAAAAAAUAUCUAUUGUACCUGUUAGUGCAUUCGAAAAAAGCAAAAACAAAACAAAAAUACAAAGAGAAAGAGAAAGAUUUAGCAAAAAUGACAAAAAAUAAAAAUCAAAAAAAGAACGCGGCCGGCAAAAUAAGUAAAAACAAUGGUACCGGUACUCCACCUGAUAUGUUAACACCGCCAUCGACGCCGCCAGUCAAUAAUGGCAUAAAAGCACCCGGAGCUGCUGCCUUUGCAAAUGGAAUACCACGUAAACCUCCAGUGCCAUGGGAGCGCGAGUUCAUCGGGAACUUUCUGCUGGAAAUGGCUCUGUGUCAGGUGAUCAGUGCUCAGACCGAGUGGUAUGUGGAUAAGGUUAAGCUGCGCCAGAUGUUCGAAGGCUAUUUGAAGGGCCUGCCUAACAGCGGCGAAGUUCGCCUAAAGCUCAGCAUUCAGGGAGCCUGGAAUAUUGGAGCUCUGCUGCAAAGGACCAACUUUUUGAUCAACACUCCAAGGGGAGGCAAUAGCUAUCGGAUCAAGAGCUUCUCCUUGAUGGAGUUUCGCAAGGAGAAGUUCAAUUUGAUCGAUGAACAGCAUCGUCUAAAGGAUGUUACGCCUAUUGUUCCCGGUGUUCCUGAGGAGGGCAACCAACCUAUAACUGAAGAAUAUCAACUUGAUACGAAUGCCAAGGCUAUGCCAUUAAUGUACCAAAAGACGCAGGUGCAAAAAUUGGAAAAGGAUUUCGAGCUUAACUCUCUAGGUUGCUAUAUCUGCCAGGUGAACUUCGAUUCAAUUGAAAAGUAUGAAGAGCAUGUGGAGUACCAUGGGGAUGAGUUCGAUUUUCAGUCUCUCAAUAAGAUGCAGAAAUUUGCCUCGCCCCUGGUGAUCCUCUCUUAUCAGACUUGCGUGGACAGCCACUACUUCGGAUUCACUUUGAAGACUGGUCGCAAGGAUUUGGUGGUGGACAAGUUCAUCAUAGUUCAGUCGCGGCAGUUCUACUACGUGUAUAAUGCACGAAUGCCUCUGAAGGUGCCGGACAGCGGCGAACUUGUCUUCUUUGUGGACUCACAUGUCUUUAUGAUUCUUCGGGAGCAGCCCAUUGUGAUUGGGCUUACCAGCCAGGGACAACGAUAUGUGGAGCAACACCACUUCAUGCGAACAGAGGCACUACCGAAGGCUAGCUUCAACAUUAAUCCGUAUCGGCUGUCCAGCAAGGAGACCUUCAAGAGCCACGGUCUUCCGCCAGCAAAUCCACCAACGCAGGUGGCAAGUGCUCUGAAGCACGAGGAUGCUCAGGUGAGGUUAGCGGACUUCGACAAGCACUAUCGCAACUAUUGUGAGAUGGGUAGGGAGAUAACCCAGGAGAAUUUUAGCGGGGCUCUGCGUACAUUGCUCCAGGUGGAGGAUAUCGAACGCCUGCAGCAUUAUCUGGCACUCAAGCAAACCAAAAUGGAACUACACCAGUUUGGACGUGAACUUUCGGUAAAGAUGCGAACCGUUACCAACAAUAUGAACGUAGAGGAUGUCCUCUCCCCCGGGGACGAUGUCCUGAUUAUAAACGAAAAAGGCAACCCGCCUUCGGGAGUACGCCAACUUUUGGAGAACAAUAACCAAGUGCUGGAACUGGCACUUAAGGAUUUCGAUUCCAUUGUGCAAUGGGCUCACAAGGUGGACGAAAAGUUUGGAACGCUGGAUAAGACACCGAGAGUCUACUUUGCUCGCAUUCUUGGUGUUUCGACGCAGCGAGUGAACAUUACGUGUGAACGCCAGUUACAGGACAACACAACAUACACACUGAUCUUCCGACCUUUGCGGGCAGUAAUGCGUUACCAAUACCGGGCACUUCAGCAGCUAUCUCUUACCAGGGCCACCGAUGUCCAGCGGAUGCUCUUUCCCGGUGAUAUACCUCACCAGCCAAUUGCUCAAGGAUCACUGGAGCUGAACAAUAGGCGCAUAUCCAGUAAUCCAGAGCAAUUGCAAGCAGUGAAGGAGAUUGCGUUGACUCAUAAGUUACCGGCUCCGUUUAUUAUUUUUGGACCACCAGGUACGGGCAAAACCGCGACUAUUUGCGAAGCCAUUUACCAAUUGUAUGUACGUCGUCCUGAAACGCACAUCCUGGUGCUGGCUGGUUCAAAUACAGCCUGCGAUGAAGUGGCUCUUCGGCUUUUACGGGCUAUCGCCAAGGCUCCGGGGUGUCAACCCCGACCGCUCACUCGCAUCUUUUCCGCCAGUUGCGAUCGGCGCAUUGACAAUAUCGACGAUCUGCUUCUGGAGUACUCCAAUAUGUACGCUCUGCACUUUUAUCCUGCCGUUCAGGCAGUGCACCAGUAUCGGAUCGUUGUCUGUACUCUCAGUUUGGCGGGUAAGUUGUCAACCGGAGGAUUUGCCAAAGGAGAUGUGUUUUCGCAUGUUUUUGUUGACGAGGCGGCCGCUUCCACGGAGGCGGAGGCUUUAAUGGGCAUCACCUGCACCAUAUCGCCAACGUCGAAUCUGAUUUUGUCCGGAGAUCAUAAGCAGCUGGGACCUGUACUCCAGUCGCAGAGGGCCAAUGAUUGGGGUCUGGGAUUGUCGUUGUUUGAGAGAUUGUUGCAGAGGAAAUGCUACCAAGUGGCCGACGACGGCAGUUACAAUACAACCGUACAGACGCGUCUUAUCCGCAACUUUCGCUCCCAUCCGAAAAUUGUUUCGCUGUACAGCGAUUUGUACUAUGAUGGAAAACUUCGGGCCCAGGCACCAAUGGAAAAUGUUUGCCGUUUUCAAAACUGGUUUCAUCUGCCCAAUGCUGAGUUUCCCAUUAUGUUUCAUUCAGUCUUUGGCACUGUAAUGAACACCAAAAACUCUAUAAGCCUGUGUAACAAUAAGGAAAUCGACGCUGUCAUGGACUACGUUAAGGACCUUAUGUACUUCGGUCUCAAUGGUGAAAAGUUGCAGCAGACGGACAUUGGGAUUAUAUCGCCGUACAAGAACCAAUAUCAACGAAUCCAGGAACAGCUUAACAUGCGCAACUGGUCGCAGAUAGAUUGUGGAUCUGUAGAGCUUUUCCAGGGAAAGGAGAAGCAGGUGAUCAUUGUGUCGUUCGUACGCUCUUUUACUCCCAAGCUUGGUUUUUUGACUAGUGAACGACGUCUGAAUGUCCUGCUUUCGCGUCCCAUUUCAUUGCUUAUUCUGAUUGGAAAUCCGCGAACUCUUAGUCAAAACGAUGAUUUCCGGAAUAUAAUCGAGAUUUGCCGUGAUCACAAAACGCUGGUUGGUGUGCCAUACCAUCCUGAGGAUGAUAAUCCGAAUAAGCAGAACGGUAAAAAGAACGUCCAUGGAGGAACAGGUGCGGAGGCGGCUGCAUUUAGCCUUUCACACCCCCUAAAGCGAACAUCCAAUGCAAAGAAUCCAGCUCAAGCCGUGAAGCUAUUUUAUAGUAAGGACGAACUUCUUAAAGUGGGAAUUCAGUGCAAGCCACAGAAAUCGGAGGUGGAGAAACUAUUUGAGGACUUGCCGAAGGUUCCUUGUAAUGUGGAAUACAAUUCCGAAGCAGUUCGAUCAAUAGAGGACCAACUCAAGGACUUUAAUUUCGAAACUAAGCAGUCCACCAAAGAAUCAUCAAUUCCAGUUCAAACGACCAAUAUGAAUGCUUCACAAUCUGUUGUUCCACCACAACCAGUUCCAGCAGUAACUCGAAAGCCGGAACCCCAAAUGCCUUCGUCUUACAAACGUCCGGUUAUCAAACCUACUGUAUCUUCCGUUAAUUCAUCUUUCCAACGACCGGAAACAAAGAUCCCAGAACCCCUUUCGAUACCGCCAUUUAAUCAUGAGCAACGCUAUAUAAAUGGAGUUCCAUAUGGCAUUGAAGUGCCGAGAGGAACACCAUUGUCGCCGCCAAAGAGCUCGCCAUCAACAACUAGCUCUACGACUUAUCGUCACAUUCCUAGUGGCCAUCUAAGAUACGAGGAUAUGCGUUCCAGAGCCGAGGAUUAUCGUCGUCAAUCUGUCUUCAACGAACAACACCGUCAGCAGCCCUUUCGAGAGCCUCACGGAAGUUGGAACGGUCACAGUUUUGGACGUCCUCCCCCAACGCCCCCACCAAAGAAGUUUAGUUGUAUCAUUUCAUAAUUGUAGCUUCAGCGGAAGCUACUUUUCAUAUAUGAGGUCGGUGCGGUUGCUUGACAUAACAAGUGGCCGUGUGAUCCUCUUUUUGACUUUGCUAUUGGCAUUUGUGCGAUCUGCGAUCAUCCAUGCGCCAAGUAGCAAAACCAACCUACCAAAUAGAUUCGCACCUAAUGUGCACCCACUGGAAAAGCAAGGCCAAAAGAAUGGUUUAACUUGAACCCGAAAGUUGGCCAAAACUUUUGCUCUGCUUUUUCCGCUGAGUCGCUUCACUUGCGAAUGUAAUUGAUAUGAGAAAAAAAAAGACAUGGAGCUCUCAAAGUGAACACUUUUCGGUUGCAACAGCACUAGAUUUUAGAUUUAUGCUAUGGAUUCCAAAAUCCUUAGUUUAAACCACAAAUUUUGUGCGCGAUUCAGUCUUAAGUUGAAACUUUGGGCGUUUUAAAAUAUAAAAUUUACAAAUUGGGGAAAUCAGUAUAGAAUAAUAUACUUUCUCCACGAAAAUAAAAAUGUAUUACGUCUUCUGUAUGUAUUCUAUAUGUGUGCAAAUUCAUUAUAAUUUCUUAGUAUAAGCGUCAGUCUUGAAAUAUUUGUUGUAAUCCAUGUAAUGGAAAUUUAAUUUCAAAAACAAUGCUUACGUCAAAAGACAUUUAAUUUCAAUAAAUAUUCUAAAAUA